CCGCUCCGCGCUGAAUGGUCGUCGUCGUCUUGGAUAACGGCGGGUCGAGCAUCAAGGCUGGGAUCCUGUUCAAUAGAAAGCCAGAACCGAGGAUCGUACCCAACGCGGUGAUACGCGCGCCAGGCGACAAAGCGACCUACAUCGGGCACGAGUUCCACCAGCGCUGCCGGGACUUCUCCUCGCUCUCAUAUCGGCUUCCGCUCGAGAAAGGGUUCGUCGUUGAUUGGGACGCGCAGAAGGCUGUGUGGGAUGGACUGUUCUCGGACGAAGUGCUGAAUGUCAACCCCACGGAGUCGACACUAGUCAUCACCGAGUCGUACUUUAAUCUGCCCAAGCUUCAAGAAGUGUACGAUCAGUUCGUGUUCGAGGAGUACGAGUUUCAGGGACUCUUUCGCGCGACUCCUGCUUCUUUCAUUCCACAUGGAACACUGCUCGGCGAAACACCGCCUGAAUGCUCGCUCAUCGUCGACUCUGGGUUCAGCUUCACCCACGUCGUGCCGAUAAUGCAGGGCCAAGUCGUACUCGACCUCGGCGGCAAACUGCUUACGAACCACCUCAAAGAGCUAAUCUCGUUUCGCCAGUGGAAUAUGAUGGAGGAGACGUACAUGAUGAACCACGUCAAGGAAACUUGCUGCUAUGUGGCGCAAGACUUCGGUCAGAAUCUAGAGGUCUGCCGAAACGACCCCAAAAACUCAAUCGUGCAGGAGUACGUGCUGCCUGAUCUCACAAAACAAAACGCAGGCCGCAUUCGUCAGCCGAAUGAAGUUCUGCUGGAAACAGACCAAGUAUUGACGAUGGGCAACGAGCGGUUCUCAGUGCCCGAAAUCAUGUUUCGUCCCGACGAUGUCGGACUGAAGCAAGUCGGAAUUGCUGGCACGAUCGCUUCGUCCAUCGCACUGCUGCCGGAGGAUCUCCAAGGGCUCUUUUGGGCCAACAUCGGACUGAUCGGUGGGAACACGGAAUUUCCGGGAUUCCGCACCCGCUUGAUAUCAGAGCUCGAGUCUCUGGCACCGAUGGGAACCGACGUCGCCAUCUAUCACGCCGAUAAACCAAGCUUGGCAGCAUACGAAGCCGCCUGCGCCUUCGCGUCUCAACCCCGCUUUGAGUCCGAAAUAGCUAUCACACGGGAGGAGUAUCUCGAGUAUGGGAGCACGGCUGUCCGCCGGAAAUGCCCUGACUGGCGGGCCGGCCCGCCGCCUCCACCGGCUACGUCGAGAAAAGGAAAGGGCCGAUCUGAGGGCCCUUCGAGCGAUGUCGAAGAGUCCGAAGACUCGGAGAGCGAUACGAACGAUGGGGACAGAAGCGUGGUUCGGAGAGGUAAAAGGAAGGCGGGCCGGGCAGCAGGAAAAGUUACAGUGUCGAGAAAAAAGUAAUCCUUGCUUGGUUUAUUUCAAGGGCGAACGUUGUGUGAUUCGAAAUAAGCGUGUCGUAGCGUAGACAUUAAGGGACGAAGGGCUCGGCGAGCUGGCAAAAUGACAAGGGCGAGAUUCGAACUCGCGCCAUUUCUGACUAGUACUGGUACAUUCCAAGAAUGUUAGACCUGAAACUAGC